AUGGCUAUAGCCAACACUAUUAUGACGAACGACAAUGACGAUCCGCCUGCGGAAGAAAAGCAUCACGACAUCGCCUUGGACGCCGCCACCGAGAAAGCGGACAAGGCGAGCAGCAGCGGCUCUGGCUCGUUGACCCAGCGAGCGGCUUUGAUUCGUGACGAGCUGCUUGGUAACGAUUCGCUCGAACACGAUUCUGUGCACGAAUCCCUUCCUUCUUCCGGUAGCAGCGCAGACAGGCUCGACAAUGCUGACGAGAAAGUUGAGUCUCAAAGCGAGGACGAUAGUCUCGAGGAGAGGUUAAGUAGUUCUGCCAUCGCUCUUUCACUCCGACACAUUGCCAUGGCCUUUGACGAAAAGAGUCGUGAGCUCGAAAGCCUGCGAAAGAUACAUCAGACGCACGAAGAAGAGACAGCCCUGCUGCGAGCACAGAUCGAAGACGUAAAGGAAGAAAGGGAAACGAUGACUUGGGAGCUGAACGAGCUCAAGUCCUCCCACGCUUCCACGAGCUGCGAGCUCGAGGCUCUGAAGAUCGACGUAGAGAACAAAGACGAGCUACUCUGCCUUUCCGAUAGCAUCUGCUCCCGCAUCUUUGACAUGAUUCACGCUAUCAAGGCGCAGAUCGAAGCAGCGGAGUCCCUAUCGUCCGCCAUCCGCACCAUUUCUUCCCCUUCCUCUUCCUCGACUGCCUCCCACGAGAGCAAUGCCGUCUCGCUGACGUCGUCUGAUGUGAGCAGCACACCCACUGCGUUCGCUUCAUCGCCCACUUCCAUCCAGGCGCUGAUUAAACAGAUCGAGGCAAAGUACUCAGAGUAG